UCUCUUAUAUUGUAUGAUAUGACAGCUUUCUUUUGAUGGGAAAUCUUUCAUUUGGCCAGAGAAAGGGAUAAUUUGCUUCUUUUAAGGAGUUAAUCCUCUGGUCCAUUUCCGGGCUGGGAACAGCUAUCCUCCCCCUUCCUUGGAUAGGAGGCUGCAGCACAAUGGAGAUCAUAACCACCUCAAAUCUACACCCAAGAUGGAGAAAUCAGAUUUCCUUCUCCAGUCAUUUUUGUGGGAUUAGCUAAAUCUUAGAUCCACACUAACCCUUCACAAAGCUGCCAAGAUUAGUUAGAAUUUAUUUUAUUUGCAGGGGGUUUACGGUUUUCUUUCCAAAGGAAUUAUAUCUUUCUCUAUAUAUAUAUUUAGAGUGGCUUCAGUAAUAAAGCAGCUAGGUCAGAGGGACGAAAAGAGUGUGUGUGUAUAAAAUAAAAACUCAGCUGUGAGAAUGACAGUCACUUGAAAUGCCAAGACAAAGCAGUGGUUCUGCAUGGCUUUGCCAGUCCAUUUUAAAAGCCACAUAAGCUGUCCUUUCUCUAGCAAAACCCUGCUAGGGAGCCAGUGCACGGAGAGCAAAGCCCCUCAGCUGGGCUGCCUGUUUCCCCAGCUGCUGCUGCUGCUGGCACAGGAUGUCUUCAGAGCCAGUGUCAGGUGCUGACCCCAGCAGGAGAGGCCUGAAGAAGCCACGUCCGUUCAGCAUCGAGGACAUCCUCUCCAGCCCUGCGAAGAAGAACCCCCAGGUCUUGGUGCCACUGUACCUACAGAACAUGUUGGACUACACACCCAAGCAGCUGUGUGAGCUGGAGACCAUCCCAGCCAGCUCCCUGCAGGAGGAGGAGGAGGAGGAGGAAGAGGAGGAAGAGCUGGAAGGGGCAGGCUGCAACUGCUGCUGCUGCUCUCACACGAGCGCCCGUUCCCUGCAGGACCUGCCGGGCUGGCUGGAUGCCCGGUUCCCCUGGCCCAUGCAGCUCUUCCACCCGGCAGUCAGGGUCUGUAAGAGUUCCCAGAAGUCAAGCGAGCUGCAGACCUUCCAGCAGAUGCAGCGCCGCACACGCCGGCACCGCACCAUAUUCACCGAGGAGCAGCUGCAGGCCCUGGAGACGCUUUUCCACCAGAACCAGUACCCGGACGUCGUCACCCGCGAGCACCUGGCAAACCGCAUUCACCUGAAGGAGGAGAGGGUAGAGGUUUGGUUUAAAAAUCGUCGGGCGAAGUGGCGGCAUCAGAAGAGGGUGACUGCUUCAGCACUGCUCCUCCAGGCCAAGCAGCCCCCCAAGGAGAGCUGUUAGUGCUCACAGGCUGCAGAGGAACACCAGCAGCACCCACUGCCCACAGCUGACAGGCUCAGGGGGGUAACCUG